ACAUUCCAAGUUCCCGAGGCUCAACCGAUCAACCAUAUUCCCAUUCAUUCAUAGAUCUACACAAAAAAACACACUCUCACUCUCAAUCUCUGGUAGCAAUGAGCCAAAUCCACUACGAAUGAACCCAAAUGUAAUGUACAUAGAAAUAGAAUUAGGAAUUAGGAAUAGCAAUUGGUCUAGUCCUAGUCCUAUUUGUGUAGAAUUUGAUCUAUCAAUUUGAGAAAAAUUCAGUGACUGCGAUGGAGUUCACUGAAAGCUACAAGCAGACUGGGCCCUGUUGUUUCUCCCCCAAUUCUCGCUUCAUAGCCGUCGCCGUCGAUUAUCGCCUCGUCAUUCGCGACACUCUCUCCUUUAAGGUUGUGCAGUUGUUUUCAUGCUUGGACAAGAUAAGCUACAUCGAAUGGGCAGUUGAUUCUGAAUACAUUCUUUGUGGUCUUUAUAAAAGACCAAUGAUACAAGCAUGGUCAUUGACCCAACCUGAAUGGACAUGUAAGAUAGAUGAAGGUCCUGCUGGUAUUGCCUAUGCUAGGUGGAGUCCAGACAGUCGUCAUAUACUCACAACUUCGGAUUUCCAAUUGCGGUUGACGGUUUGGUCACUUGUCAACACAGCAUGUGUGCAUGUGCAGUGGCCAAAGCAUGGUUCCAAGGGGGUUUCUUUCACCCAAGAUGGCAAAUUUGCUGCCAUUUGCACUAGGCGUGAUUGCAAGGACUAUAUCAAUCUCUUGUCUUGUCAUUCCUGGGAGAUCAUGGGUGUUUUUGCUGUUGACACUUUGGAUUUGGCUGAUAUAGAAUGGUCACCAGAUGAUAGUGCUAUAGUCGUCUGGGAUUCCCCACUUGAAUAUAAGGUUCUAAUUUACUCUCCAGAUGGAAGAUGCCUAUUUAAGUAUCAAGCAUAUGAAAGUGGACUGGGUGUAAAGAGUGUUUCAUGGUCUCCUUGUGGCCAGUUUCUUGCAGUGGGUAGUUAUGACCAGAUGUUGCGGGUAUUAAAUCACCUGACUUGGAAAACUUUUGCUGAAUUUACACACCUAUCUACUGUUCGUGGUCCUUGUUGUGCUGCUCUAUUCAAGGAGGUCGAUGAACCUUUGCAACUUGAUAUGUCCGAGUUAUGUUUGAGUGAUAAUUUUAUACAAAACAAGAAUGAAGAUGCUUCAGAAGGACAUUUUGGAGUCAGAUAUGAGGUUAUGGACUUACCCGUCGCUUUGCCUUUCCAGAAGCCUCCUGCAGACAAACCAAACCCUAAACAAGGAAUUGGUCUUAUGUCAUGGAGUAAUGAUAGCCAGUAUAUCUGUACUCGAAAUGAUAGCAUGCCAACUAUUCUCUGGAUAUGGGACAUUCGCCAUCUUGAAAUUGCUGCAAUCUUAGUGCAUAAAGAUCCUAUUAGAGCAGUUGCUUGGGACCCUACAUGCGCACGUCUUGUUCUUUGCACUGGAAGCUCUCACUUGUACAUGUGGACCCCUUCAGGUGCUUACUGUGUGAAUAUUCCUCUGCCGCAGUUUACCAUAACUGAUCUGAAAUGGAAUUCUGAUGGUAGCUGUCUUCUCCUCAAGGACAAGGAGUCAUUCUGCUGUGCUGCUGUACCUGUACUGCCAGAAUCUAGUGAAUAUAGUUCAGAUGAAUAAAGGUUUUUUUCUUCCUCUUAGACUAGAUGACUUGGGCAUCUUCCAUCAAUUGAGCUGUUCUGAAUUCUCUCUUUUUCUCUCAUUGUAAUGCCUUAUUUUGGAGGGUUUUCCAGUAGUUAUAGUUAGGAACCUAGUGACUGCUGUUAUGAUUUUGGUUUGAAUCUUGGGUUGCUGCAAGCGUAGCUGCAUUUGUUGUAUGUAGUGGGAUGUAUCAGACAGUUUUGAUGUGUUAUUAAAUCAUGUUGUAUGGUGGUUAUUCAGCAUUUUGUCUUGUUUACGUUUUCACUUUUUUAGAGAAA